AGAAGUUACUGCUUCCCUGCAUCAGAUCUCAACACGCAACUCUCGCGCCAGUUUUUACACAAGAAGAAAACAUUUUACAGCUAAAACCCUAGUCUACAUUUAUCAUUAAACUCACGCAAAGAAUCGAAUCAACGGUCAAUCAAACAUGCUUGCUGAUCAAGAAGAAACUCCUUCCAGGCAAGAGUUAUUGAGUAUGGUGAAGAAGCAUUCGAAUUUGAUCGGCAAAACCAUAGUAGAUGAGCAAGAUUCCGAAGACAUUGAAAUGGAUUCUGGAUUUUGGCACGAUCUUUUUAAUUUGUACUUUAUUUGUAGUAAGGAAGCUAGAGGACGACAGGAUGAUGAUCUCUUAUUUUUCGUUCGGAAAAGGGGUUUGCACGGAUAUGGUUUCAAUGAUAAUGCGGAAGAGGUCCCUCCAUACUUUGUACGCAGGUGGGCAUCCAAGUUGGAUAACUUGCUUGGCAAGAACUCGAUUGAGGUUGAUUGGAGGCGCUCAUUUUAUUUGAACAUGAUAGCCCAUACUUCAUUCUCGGUAACAGUGGCAAUUUGCAGUCACAGGGUCCUUCAGAACUAUCAAGCUGGGCAAAAUGCACCGUUGUCUCCCAUAUACAAGGUUGUAAAAACUGUUUAUGCAUCUCCAAGUCGUGUAAAUUUUCAUUUGGACUCAAAGAAGGAAGUAGAGACUACACCUGCGUAUCCAGAUAUCUGUUUUGCAGUCGAUGAUUUUGACUCCACUUUCGAUGCAGUGGUCUUGUCAGACACGGACCACUGCUACUGUGUGCUUCUGAAUGCACAUGAUGGAGCAGCAUUUCCUACUGAAAAAGAGUCACACGAUAGCAGUUCUAGUAAUAAUGCACCUCUGAGAAUUGAUACUAACUCUGGAAAGAUGGGAAAUACAAAGCUUACCCUUUUCUCUGGAUUUGUCAGCUAUCAAAUGGUUCGAGAUGCAUAUGAUGCUGGAAAAUCUAGAUUUGGGAGCCUCCUUUCACUUGGUCAAUCCCCCAGCAAAACAGACAGACUGUACAUGAAAGGCCCUGGAGGACGUGGGGAAGUUGAAGUUGCUGUUUCUGGUGUAGCAGAUCAAAGCCAGCAGGAUUCAGGCCCCUUUUCACCAGUUAUAUCAAAGAGAGGAUUUGGAAUUGGCUCAAUUUUUCGUAAAGCAGCAUCUGUUGCAUCUGUGGCAGCAAAGCAUGCGUAUGCAGCUGCCUCUGCAACUUCCGAGGACGAGAUGAUACCCCUCAAAUGUUGCCUGAUGUCUAUAUCGUUGCCCUGGGAAAACAUUGCUUAUGAUCUUCUGUUCAAGGGAAAUCCUCCUGUGACGUUGUGAUUGACGUAAAUAGCCACCCCUGGAAAUCGUAAAAAUGGUGCACUCUCCUCCAGUAAGUGAGGGAUUAGUUUUUUAACCUAAAUUGUAUAUGGAAAUUCUCUAUCUAGUUUUGGUGUUUGGUCAAGCGUGUCUUUGCGCUGUUGUUGGUGGGUAUUUAUAUUGUAAUUACUGUAGUGAAAUGUAGCAGUGCCAAUUGUAAUUGCCGAUGCUCA